GGUUAACUUGUGACGCUGACGACUUGAGGCCAUGGCGAAUUGCGAACAGAAAUCGACUGCGGGGACAAGGGGUGGUUCGACCAAGUGCUGGUAUUGAAGGAUGUUUUAGGGAGUAUGAACUAAAAGGAAAUCCUUGGUAUAACUUUGUAUUUUAUCUGCUAAAUUGCUUAUCAAGGGACAUGUUGCAAGAAUUAUCCAAAAUAUCCAAUGAUUCUCUAUAGUUGCUAGGAAGCAAGGGAGAAGACAUGAGAAUCAUAACUGAUGCAAUACCUGUUGAUGACAUUCAUAUUCUAUUGCCUGUGAAAGCUUCGCCCAAGGAGUAAAGGAUUCAAGCCAGCUUCCCUGUCUUAUCUGUGAUAUUGGAGCUGUCGUUGUCACUGCCCUCUUCAUUCAAGUGCUGCCAGAUAACAGAUGGGUUCAAAAAGCUUAUUAUCGUCAUCAGUACAUGGACAAACUCUGGGACAAGCAUCAGGAGGUUAUUCAUGCACUGAGAAGUAUGAUUGGCAAAACUUAUCCCUUCAUCAAAGUGAGCAAGCAGCAAGGGAGCAACCUGAUUAUGAUGCAACCCUGCACUGCUCUCUGGAUAUGCCUAGCAGGGUAGAAGAUUCUGUGACUGCUAAUGAAAUUUCACAUCCACCUAGAGGUUCUUAUGAUCUGCAUAGAACUCGAGGAGAAAUUGUGAACAAUAGAUAUUAUAACUGUGCUACAUGUGGUGUAAAGAGGCUGGGGAAAUAUACCGCAUCACACGGUCAUGGACGUUCCGAGAUUCAUGGCCCAAGAAAUGGAGGAAGUGGACAAUGCCACCUAUCUUCUUGUUCUUAUGGUGGAUGCCAUGGUAAAGAUCAUGCUUGUGUCAGCAAUAAGCACAACAUUUCACCUGCACUUCAUCCCAUCAGAUCUUACCGGACCAACAGAAGCCCUUCCUUUGGUCAUGGUCAUCAAUGUGCAAAAGGAGCUCACAGACAGAUAUUUCAAGCAGGAAGUUGUAGGAAGAAUUUUUCUGCUAACCAGGGGAGUAGCAGUAAGAAUAGACACUAUCGUGAUGAUAGAUAUCUUCCAAGUAAACAUGACUUCCUGGAUGGUCAUUUUUCUGAGAUAGAUGCAGAAAUGCACCGCUCUUAUAUGCGCAGAUUUCACUCUCGUAGUAAGCAUGAGGGACACUCUUGGAAGGAUCCUACAUUAAAUAUUCCUGUUCACACCUCACAUGGUCGAUCGUGUCAAAGAGAUGAAGAAAGAGGAGAUGAAGAAAGAGCUCACCCGACGAGACCAGUUUAUGAAUUUCGUUCCCUCCACCAUGAGCAACUUGAGCUUUCUCCCAAUGAGAAAUUUCCUGAAUGCAUGGAUGGCCAUCGAAAUUUCAGAAAUGCUUAUAAUGACAAGAUGGUAAAAAGGAAGUUUAUAAAACAGGGUUUCCAUGAAAGCAGUUACAAUGGUGCUGGUGCUAGUAAAUAUGGGAGAAACAGUACCCAGAAAAGGAAGAAUGUGGCUUACGAGGACAAAUCUAAAAGACUUCGCUGGCAAAGUGAAAAGGACCAGAAACAGCAGGUUGAGACUGACAAGAGGAGAAAUCGUAGUCUGGAGGGAAACGCUGAAGUAACCAAGUUUGUGGGUCGAAACAGAGAAAAAGGGAAUUGCGAUCCAAAGAAGAAUGCUACAGCUGCUGCUGCGAUUGUCUCAACCAAGUGUGAUGAGAACUCAGACAAGUUAAGUCCCAAGUGCAGCAAAACUGUUGCUUCAGCGAACACACCGGAACUGAGUGAAGGAAGUUGUGACAUGGAUCUAGAAUCUGACAAGGAGUCCAAUGUCAAUGUUUGCACUGAAAGGGGUAUACUACAUCAUCUUCCAGUCACCCAUACAGAGAGGAAUGUGGAAUUGAGAGAAUCAGAUAACCUUUCUCAGUCCGAGGCACUUCGCCAAGAUUGUUUGAUCCUAUGGAGAGCAAGACAAUUAAGAAAGGCUAAUGCUGCUAAGGCUGACAAAAUUGUGAAAGCAGAUCAACAACAAAGUGGACAAAGAAGAAAGGUGUCAACUGGCAGAAGAGCGAGGAACGGAAGACCUGCUUCUUUUGCUCCCUCAGAAAGUGAUGAUGAGGAUGAUAGUGCAUUGGGGUGUUCUGAUCAAUUCAGUAGUGCAACAUCAUCUGAUGGACUACAAAAUUGUGGUGAUGGAAGAGCUAACAAAAAGUUAAAGGGCCCCCUCAAAUUCCAUAGUAACAGUAAAUGCAACAAAAUCCCUCCAAACGCUACUGCUGAGAAAGGACUGGAGUGUAGUCUUAAGCUUCCACCAGAAGCAAAUCCUCUUGAACUUGCACAGCAGAAAGAAAAGGAAAAAAUUCUUAACAGGAGGCAACUAUCUAUUCAUCAUCCAGAUGCCCUGGUGCAUGGUGGUUUGAAUGGUUGUUCUGACGCUAGUAUGAUGGAUGAAGCUGCUGUUUCUCAUUGUGAUAAUCGUGCACAUCAGAAUAUUUCUCAUCAGGAGACAAAUAAUGCUGACAGAAGGAAAGAGAAACUAGGUGCAAAAUGUGAAAAGAAAGCAGAAGGCCAUGGUGCGAAAUGGGCUGAACAAUCUACUAGUUUGUAUACUGAGCCAACAUUGCUGGACCAAGAGACUAUUGCUCGUUGCUCAAUGCAUGGAAAUUUGAAGGUAAAUGCACUAGAGACUCCAAAUCAUGAGAGUGGAAGUACUCCAAAUCAUGAAAAUGAUGAUACAAAGGACUGUGAACCUCAAGCUCUUGGUGUUGAGAAUACAUCAAAUCGACAGAUGACUACAGAUGAUUGUACUUCUAACACAACACAUUCUGGUGCUGCUAAACAAGGUGAUUGGAUCCCACGUUUUUCUAUACCAGACUUAAAUUGCUCUCCUAGUAUGCUCAGUGAUGAAGAUUUUGUGUCACCUAAGGAACCGGUUUGCCAGGUAACUGCAGGCAGUUUCGAACCUCAGAAUGUUACUAAGAGUCUUUCAGCUUCGUUGACUGGACCAAUUGUAAAGGAACAGCAGUAUGAGCAAGUAAAGGAACAACAGUGUAGGCAAGCUGAGGCAACUCAAGUCAUCAGUGAUACCUGCAAAAAGGAGGGCAUCUCUGAAGUGGCAGCUCCGUUGGAGAUCUCUGAAUCUAAUACCGGGCCUCCACAGCUAAGCGCGGUCGAAGAGAGCAGCGCACCAACGGAUGCAUUCAAGUGUGCCCUGAUUGAGUUUGUCAAAAAUAUCUUGAAGCCUCUGUGGGAAAACGGGCUUGUUUCCCGGGAAGUCCACAAGAUCGUAGUGAAGAAGGCUGUGGAAAAAGUGGUUGGCACUUGGGCCUCGAAUGCUCCAUCCACAGAACUGGCCAUCUCAAGGAUCCUGUCCGAUGAAGCUAAAAAUAUAGAUAGGCUUGUUCAGGGGUACCUGAAUAUGUACGUGGGAAGAGAAGUUCUUAAAAGAGUUAACCCCGGUAGUGUCUGAGCGGUCCAGCGAAACGCAAUGCAAGUAGCUCCAGCAGGGGCUUGCUAGGCCGCUGUGAAGCGCCAAUGGUCCAUGGAAAGGAAAGAUAAUUGAGUUAUGAAAACUUGAAACAUGUUUACCUUCUCUGCUUGUGGUGUGGUG